CAGGCGGGCGGCGGAGGGGCGGGAGGCGCGAUGGCCGAGGGCAGCGCUGUGUCGGACCCUCAGCACGCCGCGCGUCUGCUGCGGGCGCUCAGCUCGUUCCGGGAGGAGGCGCGCUUCUGCGACGCGCACCUGGUCCUCGACGGCGAGGAGAUCCCGGUGCAGAAGAACAUCCUGGCGGCGGCCAGCCCAUACAUCAGGACAAAGUUAAACUAUAAUCCUCCAAAAGAUGACGGAUCCACUUAUAAGAUUGAACUUGAAGGGAUAUCGGUAAUGGUUAUGAGAGAGAUCCUGGAUUACAUCUUCAGUGGGCAGAUCAGGCUAAAUGAAGACACGAUCCAAGAUGUUGUGCAGGCAGCCGACCUGCUGCUGCUGACGGACCUUAAAACCUUGUGCUGUGAGUUCUUGGAGGGCUGCAUUGCUGCGGAGAACUGCAUCGGCAUCCGCGACUUUGCGCUGCACUAUUGCCUGCACCACGUGCAUUACCUGGCCACGGAGUAUCUGGAGACUCACUUCCGAGAUGUCAGCAACACAGAGGAGUUCCUGGAGCUGAGUCCGCAGAAGCUCAAAGAAGUGAUCUCUCUUGAGAAGCUGAACGUUGGCAAUGAAAGAUACGUGUUUGAGGCGGUGAUUCGGUGGAUAGCACAUGACACAGAGAUGAGAAAGGUCCACAUGAAGGAUGUCAUGUCAGCACUCUGGGUUUCAGGGCUGGACUCCAGCUACCUGCGGGAGCAGAUGCUGAAUGAGCCCUUGGUACGAGAAAUCGUCAAAGAGUGCAGCAACAUCCCACUCAGCCAGCCGCAGCAGGGGGAAGCCAUGCUGGCCAGCUUCAAGCCAAGGGGCUACUCAGAGUGCAUAGUGACCAUUGGAGGGGAAGAGAGAGUUUCACGGAAACCCACGGCCGCCAUGCGCUGUAUGUGCCCUCUCUACGACCCUAACCGGCAGCUGUGGAUCGAGCUGGCCCCUCUGAGCAUGCCGAGAAUUAACCAUGGCGUUCUGUCAGCAGAAGGAUUUUUGUUUGUGUUGGGGGGCCAAGAUGAAAAUAAGCAGACACUGAGCUCGGGGGAGAAGUAUGACCCAGACGCCAACACGUGGACUGCUCUUCCACCCAUGAAUGAGGCAAGACACAACUUCGGGAUCGUGGAAAUAGAUGGGAUGCUGUACAUCCUUGGAGGGGAGGAUGGUGACCGGGAGUUGAUUUCCAUGGAGUGUUAUGAUAUUUAUUCAAAAACCUGGACAAAGCAACCUGACUUGACCAUGGUCAGAAAGAUUGGCUGCUAUGCAGCUAUGAAAAAGAAAAUCUAUGCCAUGGGUGGAGGAUCAUAUGGAAAACUGUUUGAGUCUGUGGAGUGUUAUGAUCCACGGACCCAGCAGUGGACUGCCAUAUGCCCACUGAAGGAGAGGAGGUUUGGAGCAGUGGCCUGCGGUGUUGCCAUGGAGCUGUAUGUAUUUGGAGGCGUCAGAAGUCGAGAGGACAUCCAAGGCAGCGAGAUGGUAACCUGCAAGUCUGAAUUCUAUCAUGAUGAGUUCAAGAGGUGGAUCUAUCUUAACGAUCAGAACCUGUGCAUCCCUGCCAGUUCAUCCUUUGUGUAUGGAGCUGUCCCCAUAGGAGCCAGUAUUUAUGUUAUCGGAGACCUGGACACAGGUACCAACUACGACUAUGUGCGUGAGUUUAAGAGAAGCACAGGCACCUGGCACCACACAAAGCCACUCCUGCCAUCCGACCUUCGGCGCACAGGCUGUGCAGCUCUGCGCAUAGCCAACUGCAAGCUCUUCCGCCUGCAGCUGCAGCAAGGCUUAUUCCGCAUCCGGGUCCAUUCCCCUUGAAGAGGAAGAGGAGCCAAAAGCGAGACCCUGCCCCAAGCGCAUCACUUGGCUGGAUGUCAGCAAGCACAGAGAAGCAGUUCCAUCUUGCUGUGUGCUGGGUGGGCUUCAGUAAUGGUUACUCUUAGGUGGUUUUUUAAUGCUUAGAAGCUUGGGCUUCUGCUCUUGUUUGGAGACCAUGUAACUUGAAAAACUACCCGGGAGGAAUCAGUUCCUCCAGCCUGAUGCGGCUGUAAACCGUGGAGGCUAGUGUAUGUCAAAAGGAGGAGGGAGUGGGGGUUGGUGUCAUAUGAAAUAUCAGUC